CACACUCACACACACACACUCACACAACUUCAGCCCUUUAACUUGAUGAAGUUUUCCUGUUAACUUUACAUUCAGCGCGGAUCAGCCCCCUGUUCAGCAGCAUGGCUCUGUCCAACAAGUUGUGGAUUCUGUGCGCUCUCUCGCUCUCCUGCGUCGCCCUUCUUGGGUCUUGCAGAAGACACGGACACGAUGGAGCGCAACAGGAGCUCUUGAUCUUCAAUGAGUUGUGUGCCCUGAAGAACGAGCAAGGGCCAUGCAAGGCCAUUAAGGACCGAUUCUUCUUCAAUGUCGACACAGGACGCUGUGAGCUAUUUGAAUUUGGAGGCUGUGGUGGAAAUGCCAACAAUUUCGAGAGCUUAGAAGAUUGUGAGGAAACGUGUGUUGUCUCAGAGGACAAGAACCCGUGUCAUUUGGACGAAGCUCCUGGCCCCUGUCGGGGGCUGGUGACACGCUACUUCUUUGACCACAGGACUCAGCAGUGCAAGCAUUUCUAUUAUGGUGGCUGCUUCGGCAAUGCCAACAAUUUCAGGAGCAUGGCUCUGUGCCAGGCGAAAUGUCAGAACCCAGCAAAACCCACUAAGGAACCAGAAGUCCAAACACAGUCUGCUAGAGAAUCCAGUGUUGUGCAGCCCACCAUACUAACUGGGGAAAUGACUGUCAGUGAACCUCAGGUGCAAAUGAAUGACACUAAUCAAGAGUCGAAAGAGCUGUGCUUCAGGCCUGUGGAAAGAGGAACAUGUCACGAUGAGGUGAAUAGGUUUGCAUACAACCCCAAGACCAGGAGAUGCCAGAUGUUUUCUUACAGUGGUUGUGGAGGAAACGAGAACAACUUCAAAUACAGGAAAGACUGUAUUAUCAAGUGCAUCAGAAAGAGGAAGGUUCACAAGAAGAAGAUGAUCCGAAUAAGGAAGAAAAACUUAGACAACAUUGUUCGCCAAGUCUAAACACUUGGCUGUGCAUCAGAUCCUGCACUGCUGUGGAACCACAUGUAUUUAUGUCCAUAUUUUAGUUUUAGCUUUACUCAUAUCUGUUGUUUUGUAGUGCUACAGUACUUGUAUAAAAAUCAUUUUAGUGUACCAGAAUUAGCCUUUUAGUGACUGAGUGCAAUUAUCAUCAUUAUCUACAUUAUUUCAAUAUAUGUCAUUGACAAAAAAACACAUUUGUUUUGCUCUCUAUUAACCAUCUACACUGACGCUCUGUGUAUCAAUGCUUUUGUAUGAACAAUAUAUUUUUAAUUUUACAGUGUUAUGGCUUUGUUAUGAUCAUACUGAUGUAAACAUUUCACUGUAGCAAGCAAGCAGCAAGAUUUUUGCUCAGUAACAAAAUGAAUGAUUCUGCAUAUUUACUAUGUACUGUAUAUACAAUAACUGAUGCUUUUAUACAGUGGUUUCGGUAAAGCUCCGCGAUUGUUAAUCAAUGAGAACAACAGCAUUAGCAAAUUAAACUGGUCGACAAUCGACAAUCUUUAUUCUAGGAUCAGCGACAACAAUAUAUAGAAUCUUCUCAAGCAAACACAUUAAUCAAGAUGACCCUGUCCUCACAGCUAUAAAUCAAUGUGAACAAGGUAAUGACUGCUUUAUUUUUGUCAGAUUAAACAUGAAGCCUUAUUUUAAUCAAUAUUAUGCAGCUUCGUAAAUCACUAUUGCAGUCCUGCUGGUGUUGUUGGUUAGGAGAAACAGAAGGUGGCAGUGUUGUGUAAAGUAAGUUUUCAAAGAGGUUGUCUCCUGGCUGCACAGUAUUCACUUAUGUGUCUUGUUUUAUAACCAUGCUGUAAUGUAUUGGACUGUAAGGGUUUAUAUAAUAAAGUUCAACAAUCUUCUUGUCUUUA